GGUGGAUACGUCGCCAUCUUGGAUCCGCGGGACAAGAAAAUUCAUGCGAGGGAGAACUGGUGGGCGGUCCUUCCUGUGACACGACCCUUGAGUGACAGUUCUAUUUGAUUGCCUCCAGUACUGUGAGGAAAGGACAAGACUCUAUGGUGAGGACUGAUGGACAUACAUUAUCUGAGAAAAGAAACUACCAGCCUCCAGCUCUGAGCUUUCCAAUCCCCAGAGUAGCAAAUGUUGAAAGAAGUUGCACAGGCCACCGUGUUUUCUUGGAUGAGCCUUCCAGAAAUGUAUAAAAUAUUUCUGUAACCCUUGGAGAGGACUCUACCAGGAUACUUACCUACUCUCCAAAGUGACAAACAGCAUGUUUGGUGCUUCAAGAAAGAAGUUUGUAGAGGGGGUCGACAGUGACUACCAUGACGAAAACAUGUACUACAGCCAGUCUUCUAUGUUCCCACAUCGGUCAGAAAAAGAUAUGCUGGCAUCACCAUCUACAUCAGGUCAGCUGUCUCAGUUUGGGGCAAGUUUAUACGGGCAACAAAGUGCACUAGGCCUUCCAAUGAGGGGAAUGAGCAACAAUACCCCUCAGUUAAAUCGCAGCUUAUCACAAGGCACUCAGUUACCGAGCCACGUCACGCCAACAACAGGGGUACCAACAAUGUCACUUCACACGCCUCCAUCUCCAAGCAGGGGUAUUUUGCCUAUGAAUCCUAGGAAUAUGAUGAACCACUCCCAGGUUGGUCAGGGCAUUGGAAUUCCUAGCAGGACAAAUAGCAUGAGCAGUUCAGGGUUAGGUAGCCCCAACAGAAGCUCGCCAAGCAUAAUAUGUAUGCCAAAGCAGCAGCCUUCUCGACAGCCUUUUACUGUGAACAGUAUGUCUGGAUUUGGAAUGAACAGGAAUCAGGCAUUUGGAAUGAAUAACUCCUUAUCAAGUAACAUUUUUAAUGGAACAGAUGGAAGUGAAAAUGUGACAGGAUUGGACCUUUCAGAUUUUCCAGCAUUAGCAGACCGAAACAGAAGGGAAGGAAGUGGUAACCCAACUCCAUUAAUAAACCCCUUGGCUGGAAGAGCUCCAUAUGUUGGAAUGGUAACAAAACCAGCAAAUGAGCAAUCCCAAGACUUCUCAAUACACAAUGAAGAUUUUCCAGCAUUACCUGGUUCCAGCUAUAAAGAUCCAACAUCAAGUAAUGAUGACAGUAAAUCUAAUUUGAAUACAUCUGGCAAGCCAACUUCAAGUACAGAUGGACCCAAAUUCCCUGGAGAUAAAAGUUCAACAACACAAAAUAAUAAUCAGCAGAAAAAAGGGAUCCAGGUGUUACCUGAUGGUCGGGUUACUAACAUUCCUCAAGGAAUGGUGACGGACCAAUUUGGAAUGAUUGGCCUGUUAACAUUUAUCAGGGCAGCAGAGACAGACCCAGGAAUGGUACAUCUUGCUUUAGGAAGUGACUUAACAACAUUAGGCCUCAAUCUGAACUCUCCUGAAAAUCUCUACCCCAAAUUUGCAUCACCCUGGGCAUCUUCACCUUGUCGACCUCAAGACAUAGACUUCCAUGUUCCAUCUGAGUACUUAACGAACAUUCACAUUAGGGAUAAGCUGGCUGCAAUAAAACUUGGUCGAUAUGGAGAAGACCUUCUCUUCUAUCUCUAUUACAUGAAUGGAGGAGACGUAUUACAACUUUUAGCUGCAGUAGAGCUUUUUAAUCGUGAUUGGAGAUAUCACAAAGAAGAACGAGUAUGGAUUACCAGAGCACCAGGCAUGGAACCAACAAUGAAAACCAAUACAUAUGAGAGGGGAACAUAUUACUUCUUUGACUGUCUUAACUGGAGGAAAGUAGCUAAGGAGUUCCAUCUGGAAUAUGAUAAAUUAGAAGAACGGCCUCAUCUGCCAUCCACCUUCAACUACAACCCUGCUCAACAAGCCUUCUAAAAAGACUUCCCUUUUCUUGGGGUAUGGCUGUCUCAGCACAAUACUCAACAUAACUGCAGAACUGAUGUGGCUCAGGCACCCUGGUUGUAAUUCCUUGAGGAUCUGGCAAUUGGCUUACGCAAAGGGUCACCAUUUGAGGUCCUGCCUUACUAAUUAUGUGCUGCCCAACAACUAAAUUUGUAAUUUGUUUUUCUCUAGUUUGAGCAGGGUCUGAAUUUUUUCAUUUAUUUUCAUUUUUGCCAGCAGACAGACUUGGGUCUGUAAAGACAAGCAAGUACACUGACAGAAGUUUACCAUUUAGUUUCUUAUAUGUAAAAAAGAAAACCCACAAAAGACUCAACAAAAUUAGACCACAAAAUUUGCUUUGUUCAUUGUAGCACUAUUGGUAAUAAAAUAACAAAUGUUUGUGCAUUUUUAUGUGAAGAUCCUUCUCGUAUUUCAUUUGGAAAGAUGAGCAAGGUCUGCUUCCUUCAUUUUACUUCCCCUUCUGUUUUUGAAAGGCAGUUUCGCCAAGCUUAAUGCAAGAAUAUCUGACUGUUUAAAAGAAUGAUAUUGCCACAAUCUCUGGAUGGUCUCCAGGGUUGUGUUAUUACUGAGCUUCAUCUUUCCAGAAUGAGCAAAACACUGUCCAGUCUUUGUUACGAUUUUGUAAUAAAUGUGUACAUUUUUUUUAAAUUUUUGGACAUCACAUGAAUAAAGGUAUGUAUGUACGAAUGUGUAUAUAUUAUAUAUAUGACAUCUAUUUUGGAAAAUGUUUGCCCUGCUGUACCUCAUUUUUAGGAGGUGUGCAUGGAUGCAAUAUAUGAAAAUGGGACAUUCUGGAACUGCUGGUCAGGGGACUUUGUCGCCCUGUGCACUAAAGGGCCAGAUUUUCAGCAGCCAAGGACAUCCAUACCCAAGUGAAUGUGAUGGGACUUAAAGAAGUGAACUGAGACAAUUCACUCUGGCUGUUUGAACAGCAGCGUUUCAUAGGAAGAGAAAAAAAGAUCAAUCUUGUAUUUUCUGACCACAUAAAGGCUUCUUCUCUUUGUAAUAAAGUAGAAAAGCUCUCCUCACUGCAGUGUUGACUUUGAUUUUAAAUUGUGAAAUUAUUUCUUCAACAUGAAAAUUAGAGGGAAAACAAGUUUUGCAAAUAUCAAACUGAAUGGUAUGACUGAAUUUAAAGUGUCUUUUGCAGCUUUCAACAAAUAAUUUAAUAGAACCAUAGCAAACCAUUUUACUUGUAGAUUAAAAAUGUAGACAAAAAGAUUAACUGGAGAAAACUUUUAAAAAUGGAUUAUGGCAGCAUCCGGAACACUCUCGGGGCCCAAUGGGAACACUUUUUCUCUGAGGAAUUUGAUAGAGUUUUGAGAUCUAUCUUUAUGAAGUAAUGAACAAAUUAAGGUAAGACAAAAAGCAAGAUGGGGUAGAUUUUUCCUUCAGUUUGCUGGCCUGGAUAUUUCAUUUUUAUGGGUUGAUGAAUUCUUUUCUCAUAUAAAUAAAAUACUGUAUUUAAAAAUGUCUAAAGACUGAAGCUACCAAAGCAGAACUAGAGUAGAAAAAAGCCAGUGAGUUUUAAAUUUUUAAAUUUUUCAUUUUUAACCUAUUUUUCUAUAAGAGUGAACGUUUAUUGACAUUUACCAAAUCAUGUUUGAAAAUUAAACAUUUAUGACAUUGAUGUGUUUGUGUAUCAGGAAUGAAAAAUGACUUAAAAUUUACCUUUUUCUAUGUAUUUUGAGAUAUUAGAAACUGACAAAAAUAUCAGGAUUUUUUACUUUUCAGAAUUAAACCAAAGCAUCUCCUCAGUAGGAAAGAUGGCAGUUAGGUUAUCAUAACUAUUCUGCAAAAAUAAAAUAAAACCCUACCCUAGUUGACAUAAACCAGAAUCAAAUGCUACAAAGCAGUUUCCUUAAAGAUUACAUCUUUUCAUAAUAAUUUGUUUUGUAAAAUGUACCUUUUACAACAUAACCAUAAAAAAUAAAUAGGAAGAAAAACACAGUUAAUGGGAGGGGAUCUUUAUUCUGAUGAAUGAAAACAUACAUUAAAGUCUCAGCUGAAACAUGAUCAUGAUUGGGACUAUAUGACUCAUAAUGAAGACAGCUCAUAUCAAGUGAUUUGUUGUGUUUUUCCUUUUUUAACUGCCGUAGACAUUAAGUGUACACUUUCCAGUUUUCUAGGGUUUUUUUAUAUCCUGGAUUAUCAAAAUUUUUAUAACUUGUUGAUAUUAGAAGUUAUCUAUUGAGUUCAAAUACACAUUUAAAAAUUAUGCUUAAAAUCUUUAAAAUAUUAAACUAAUACAACACUCAAUUCUUUGUACAUGUACAGGAUUUGACUUAAACUUAUUAAAUUUAUGGUUUUUCUUAGGUUUAAUUCUGUUCAUAUUCCCCUGUAUAGCUAGUUGAAUACAUUUGUACACUGUUACAUAAAUUUUGAGAUGAAACUAUAAUUGGCUUUCUGGAAACAAAAGCUCUAUUUAGUUGUGAAAGGAAGUCCUUUAAUCUAUUUGGUAUUUCUUGAAGUGGUACUAUAAUUUAUAUGGUUGAAUUUCAUUUGCUGGGGGUUUUCAUUGCACAAAUAGUUUUCCUCAGAUAAAAUGAGUUUUAAUUAAUAACAAAGUUUAUUUAAGUUCUUACAGUAUUUAUAAUAAAGCCAACCAUUUAACUGGUCUUUUAUUUUUUUGCACUGAAAUCGGGACCCAGCAGGUGCUUGAUUAAUAUUUGUUCA